AUGGCUGCUAAGAAACUGAGAAGAGCAAGGUUGUCUCAGGAGCUGUGUGAAAGGUUGAGCCGCCAUCAGAUCACUACCUGUCAGGACUUUUUAUGUCUUUCCCUCUUGGAGCUAAUGAAAGUGACGGGACAGAGCUACUAUGAUGUGCAGAAGCUUCUUUGUAAAGUCAGCCGAGCUUGUGCUCCCAAAAUGCAGACAGCUUAUGAAAUGAAACUGAGGAAGUCUGUCAAUCCCUCUUCAGCUUUUUUAUCCACCACACUGCAUAGUUUGGAUAAAGUCUUGCAUGGUGGAGUGCCCUGUGGAUCCCUCACAGAGAUAACUAGCCCACCAGGUUGUGGCAAAACUCAAUUUUGUGUUAUGGUGAGUGUUCUGGCUACACUGCCUGUAAGCAUGGGAGGACUAGAUGGGGCUGUUAUAUACAUUGACACCGAGUCAGCAUUCAGUGCUGAAAGGUUGAUUGAGAUAGCAGGAAACAGAUUCCCUGCUUAUUUUGACUCAGAUGAAAAGCUGUUCUGCAUGACCCGUAGCAUUCACCUGUAUCGAGAGUUGACCUGUGGCAGUGUACUGAAGAGGAUUAUGUCUUUGGAAGAAGAAAUUAUUUCAAAGAAAGUUAAACUCAUAAUAAUUGACUCUGUUGCCUCAGUUGUCAGAAAGGAGUUUGACACAAAACUCCAAGGCAACCUGGCAGAGAGAAGUAACUUUUUGGCUAGAGGAGCAUCAGUGUUGAAGUAUUUGGCGGAGGAGUUCUCAAUACCAGUUAUCUUGACGAAUCAGAUUACCACAUCAUUGAGCAAUGGCCUUGCGAUCCAGGCAGACCUGGUGUCUCCAGCUGAUGAUUUGCCCCUGUCUGAAGGAGCUUCUGGAGGUGGGAAGAGGGAAUGUGGUCGUGUGACAGCAGCUCUUGGAAACACGUGGAGUCACAGCGUCAACACCAGGCUCAUACUACAGUAUCAUGACUUGCCGACAAGACAGCUUCUGGUUGCUAAAUCCCCUGUUGCUCCAUUCUGUGCUUUUUUCUACACCAUUGAGAAAUCAGGCUUGGUUCUUCAAGAUGGAAAGGAUCACACAAAUUUAACCUGGGAAGGAACCAGUCCUGCCCUGCAGACCAUACGAGUGAGGAACACUGCCUUGAAAGAUGCUUUGCUUGAUGCUGCUUUAACCAGCACUACUGGUGAGACUCCGAGCAAUACAUCCAAUCUAUAG